AUGUCUUCCGAACACAUCGAACAUAUUGCAGUCCACCUUGCACAGCGCCCUGAGACAAAUAUCGUCCCCGGAGAAACAUUUGCUGUCAAGAAGCAUGCAACCCCCACCUCAGCAGACCUUCAAGAUGGAGAUGUUGUCUUGGAAAGCCUUUACCUGAGUCUGGAUCCUGCGAUGCGCGGCUGGUUGGACGAUAAACCUUCAUACAUCCCCCCCGUUGCAAUCGGUGAAAUUAUGCGUGGCCAUGCUUUGGGCCGUGUAACUGCUUCGCGAUCAGAGAAGUUCCCAGUUGGCUCCUAUGCCGUCGGCAUGAUUGGCUGGACUGAGCAGGCAAUUGUCAGCGAACGCGCUCUGGAAGCCAUGCCCACACCUGAUCCUGCCCAUGGAGAUCGUCUCACCGAUAUUUUGAGCGUCCUUGGCUUCACAGGAAUCACUGCGUACUGGGGCAUGGUCGAAGUGGGUCGUGUCAAGCCCGGUGACUUUGUGGUUGUUUCUGGAGCAGCAGGAGCAACAGGAUCUAUUGCUGGUCAGAUUGCAAAGAUCAAUGGUGCCACAGUCUACGGAAUUGCAGGCUCGGAUGAGAAGUGUCGUUGGUUGGUUGAUGACCUCAAAUUUGACGGGGCGUUGAACUAUAAGAGCAAAGAUUUCGCCGAACAGUUCAAGAAUGCAACACAAGGAAAGAUCGAUCUCUUCUACGACAAUGUCGGAGGAGAAGUUCUUGACUUGGCUCUUGUCUGUGCCAACAAGAACGCUCGAUUUGUCAUGUGUGGUGGUGUCAGUCAAUUCAAUGAACGUGAGGUUCAAGGACCAAAAAACUACCAGAUGAUCUGGAGAAUGCGCAUUCGCAUGGAAGGCUUUAUUGUCUUUGAUCAUAUGGAUAAGAUCCCCGAAGUCAGACAGAAGCUCAGCCAGUGGCUUACGGAAGGCCGGUUGCAACGGAGAGAAACCAUUGUGCGUGGAGGAUUAUCGCAGGCAGAAACCGCCUUGAUGCAACUGUAUCAUGGAGUGAAUACAGGAAAACUGCUUGUCGAGGUCAAGUCUCCUUGA